GCUCUCCUUUCUCGGUCCCAAGUUCUAGAGACGCAGCAGGAGAGGCCAGGAUGCUGCGGUUCCUGCUGGGUGCCUUCCUUCCGGGCCUGAUCCUGGCAGCGCCGCCUCCCAUCAACAAGCUGGCCCUCUUCCCAGACAAGAGUGCCUGGUGCGAAGCCAAGAACAUCACGCAGAUCGUGGGCCACAGCGGCUGUGAGUCCAAGUCCAUCCAGAACAGGGCCUGCUUGGGCCAGUGUUUCAGCUACAGCGUCCCCAACACCUUCCCGCAGUCCACGGAAUCCCUCGUGCAUUGCGACUCCUGCAUGCCCGCCCAGUCCUUGUGGGAAAUUGUGACCCUGGAGUGCCCCAGCAACGAGGAGAUUCCCCGGGUGGACAAGCUGGUGGAGAAGAUCCUCCAUUGCAGCUGCCAGGCGUGUGGCAAGGAGCAGAGCCAAGAGGGCGCCCUCUUCAACGUCUACCUGAACGCUGACGAGGCCCUCCCCGGCCACCCUCCGGCGGAUGCGGACGAGGCCCCCGCCUCCCACCCCCGCCAGCACCACCACCGCCAGCACGAAGAAGAGACCGAGGAGUGAGCACCAGGCUACCACGACUGUCCCCUGCAGCGGAGGCUGGGGCACCGUUCCUUUCUUGCCAAUACCCAUCAUGCUUUGCUCGUAGCCAUUUUGCUGUUGGGG